GAAGCGCCGCGGCGCCGCGCCACCACGCCCUCCAUGGUGGUCCCAAAGAUCCGUUGCAACAAAUCCAAGGCUGCUGCUGCCAAGAUGGAGGCCGAGCUAUGUCAACACCUAGCAAACGGUGGUGCAGGUGCGGAUGGCCUCCAAGCAAUCUUCACGGCGCUGGCGGCCAGUGAGACUUUCGUUUCGCACUUCUAUGGUCGCAUGCCCUUCGUCCUCGAAUGUGGAGAGCUAGUUGCAGGACGCUGGACAUUGGAGGAGCAAUUGCGAUUGCUCCACCACGAGAGCUACGAGGUGUUCCAAGAGAGUUCAGAAGAGAAGCGGAAGCCCAUUCAGCUGACUGGUUACAGCCGCUUCACACAUCCUGCCAUUGGACAGGCCAAGGCCCACAGCUUCAUGGCAGAUGAUCAGCGAGAUCGGGAGGCCACCGAGGCCUCCGUGAGACAAGGUUUGGAGAUGGGCACCUGGGUCAUCAGCAGUGGCAACUCGCUAUCACCACACUUGGCGCGAAUCUGUGAAGCUCUGCAGUGCUCCUUCCAGGUGCCCUUUGUGACCACCAAUGUUUACAUUUCGCGGCUGGAUUCUCCAAUCACAGCCCCGCUACAUACAGAUCGCUUCGACUCCUUCAUCAUGCAGACUGAGGGCGCGAAGCGAUGGCGCAUCUUCGACACAUCCGCUGCAGUCCCGCGGUGGCCUGUGUUGGAUGCCGGCAUGAGUGACAGGGGCAAAGCUGGAGACGUGCUGUAUUUGGAGCAGGUGGGGCCUUUGCUAUUGGACGAAUGCUUGAAGUGUGGAGAGGUUGUGUACCUCCCACGAGGUUUCCCACACGCGACGAGCACCUUCGAUACCAGCUCUUUAUCCACAACAUCCUGCUAUUCGACCAGCCUCACUGUCAGCCUACUGCUGGAAUCCGUGGGCCUCACCAUGGACAAGGUGAUGCGCUGUGCAGCUGGUAUUCACGAGGGACGCAAUCAGCUGGGCCAGUGCUUUGGUGCUGAGGAGAUCUUGAAGGCCACCCCGCAGAAUGAGUUGAUGCGUGCCACGCUGCCUAUAGGCUUUCUGGCCCGUCGCGUGGCCCCAGAGUUGCAACUGGCACGUCUGUCUGAGGGCGAUGAGAAAUUGGAGGAACUUUGGGUGGAGGGCAUGGUGAAAGAGGUGCAAAGCCUGGUGAAGACCUGUGGUCUUGCGCGAUGGAAAUCGCAAGCAGAAGAAGUUGAGGAAUCGCUCCGGAGGGUACUGAGCUACAUGUGGCGGGCACUCCCGCGGGCUAGGCAGUGUUGCCAGGAGCGUGUGUAUUCCACAGGUAAAGUCUUGAAGGAGAUUGGGCCAGACCAGCGACACGAGGUGGAGGAGAAAGCAUUGGUGCAGUUUCCUUUCUAUCCAGAGGAAGGAAUCAUUUACGCCCGGUCUCCUAGCAUCAACUCGCCGGUUCCAGUGCUCUGAGGUGAGAGCUUGCAGUUGAUGUGGCCCGGAGAUGGAGACGCAGAACGCCAGAAGAGCAAGAAUAUGCGAGAUUCCGCUGGGGGGGAUCAUAACUUCAGUACCA